AUUCCAUCACCACUACUUUUGUCCGCUUUAGCGUCAUGUGUACGCGUCAGCUCUCCCAUAUCGGUUUUUAUCUACCUCAUCAUCGUGUUACCCUUCCGGUCCCAAGUUACGGAUCCUGCUUCGCCAGAUCGUAUAUAAGGCCUGCCUCAAAUCUGAGACUCGCCAGUCGCCCCUGUGCAUUCAACCGAAACACACACACUCAUCCUCCUCACCACUUCUACAAUACAAUGUCUCUCCCUACUCGUGAACUUGGUGGUACCCAGGUCAACUCCAUCGGCUUCGGCGCGAUGGGUCUCUCUGUCGGUUACGGAGACACUGGUUCAAUCGAAGAGCGCUUGACGCUCCUUGAUGCCGUUUACGAGCGUGGCUGCAAAUUCUGGGACACCUCUGACGCCUACCAGGACAACGAGGAGCUGAUUGGCAAAUGGUUCGCCAAGACCGGCAAGCGCAAGGACAUCUACCUCGCCACCAAGUUCGGUCUCGCCGACCCCACCCGCUUCCCCAACGGCUCUCCCGAAUACGUCAGGGUCGCUUUUGAGAACUCGCUGAAGAAGCUCCAGACCGACUACGUCGACCUUUACUACCUCCACCGUGCUGAUCCCACCGUCCCCAUUGAGAAGACGAUCGGCGCUAUUGCCGAGCUAGUCAAAGAGGGAAAGGUCAAGGCCAUUGGUGUCUCUGAGAUCUCCGCCUCAGCACUUCGUCGCGCACACGCUGUCCACCCCAUUGCCGCUCUGCAGGUCGAAUACUCGCCAUUAUCCCUCGACAUCGAGUUCGAGAAGCUCAACCUCUUCAAGACCGCACAGGAGCUUGGCAUCGCAAUCGUCGCCUACUCUCCUCUCGGUCGUGGUCUCCUCACCGGCUCUUUCCGCACAGCAGAGUCGGUUCCCGACGGCCACUACGCCAAGUACAUCCCCCGUUUCAAUGCGGACAACUUCCCCAAGAUCGUCAAGCUUGCGGACGAAUUCGCAGCCAUCGGUGCCAAGCACGGUGCCACCUCCGGCCAGGUUGUGCUUGCGUGGUUGCUUGCUCAGGGCCCCAAGGUCUUCGUCAUCCCCGGUACCAAGAAGGUCAAGUACCUCGAGGACAACUUGGGCGCUGCCAAGGUCACCCUCACCGCUGAAGAGAUCGCGCACUUGCGCACGCUCGCCGAGGAGAUCCACAAGACCGCACCGGGCGAGCGGUACCCAGGAGAAUUCAACAACCUCUCCUUCCUCGACACUCCUCCCCUCUAAGCGCGCUGCUUUCCGCGGGGGAUCCGGUGUGAGCUUGAGCGGUGGUGUUGGUCUUGGCGUGGAUAUUGGACUUUGUAACGACGAUUUGUAGAAGCUUACCCUCCUCUUCGCGCUUCGCUGCGCGGAGAUUGUAUCAUGACGGAAUCCAAAAAAGAAGCAAUUUCUUAAAUUCGCU